UGUUGGAUAAUGUCGGUAUCACAUUCACAAAGAGGCCAUGUUUCUUACAACAGCGACGCAGAGAAAGCAGCAAUACGCCAUACGUUUGCCAUGAUUCCCUUUACGUAAGUAAGCCGUAUUUUCUCGGCGAGGGGAGUCCGAGCCGCGUUGCUCUUUAGUUAAGUUAAGUUAAGUUAACAAGCCGACAUGACUUCGUUGACUCAACGGAGUUCGGGCCUUGUACAGAGGCGAACCGAAGCCUUUCGGAAAGCCUCCGACAAAGACCGACCGUCGGGGAAAGAAGACCAGCAGUCGAGACCGGGAGAAGAGCAAGGCGAUGACGAUACAGGAGACUCAAAAGAAACACGUCUGACUUUGAUGGAAGAGGUGCUGUUAUUGGGACUAAAAGACCGAGAGGGAUAUACCUCUUUCUGGAAUGACUGCAUUUCAUCAGGGUUACGAGGGUGCAUGCUGAUCGAGCUCGCUCUGUGCGGUCGUCUUCAGUUGGAAGCCUGUGGCAUGCGGAGGAAAGGUCUUCUUGCUAGAAAGGUGAUUUGUAAGUCAGAUGCUCCUACAGGGGAUGUACUCCUGGAUGAAGCAUUAAAACACAUCAAAGACACCCAACCACCAGAGACUGUGCAGAGCUGGAUUGAACUGCUUAGUGGAGAGACAUGGAAUCCCCUGAAGCUUCAUUAUCAAUUGAGGAAUGUCCGUGAAAGACUAGCCAAAAAUUUGGUGGAGAAAGGUGUUCUUACCACUGAAAAGCAGAACUUCCUUCUUUUUGAUAUGACCACACACCCGCUUACUAACAAUAAUCUCAAGCAGCGCCUCAUCAAGAAGGUCCAGGAGGCUGUACUGGACAAGUGGGUGAAUGACCCACAUCGAAUGGACAAGCGACUUCUUGCACUUAUCUUCUUAGCUCAUUCCUCUGACGUCCUGGAAAACGCCUUUGCACCAUUGCUGGAUGACCAGUACGACCUGGCAAUGAAAAGAGUACGGCUGCUGCUAGAACUGGAUUCUGAAGGUGAAAGCAUGAAGGCUAACACAAAUGAGCUCUUGUGGUCUGUAGUAGCUGCUUUCACCAAAUGAUGCAACUAUGAGGACAGGAAACACAAGGCAAUGGAUUUUGCGAACUUUAUGUAUUUUUCAAGGAAUCAGGAAUACUGACUUCACCAUGGUGACUUGACGAACAGUAUCUCAUACCUGGAUUCUGGGUUGAUUCCCCACAUCAAUGUUCCCUUGCCAUGAUCACGUACGUCCCUCCAUGCUUACAUUAUGCCAAUAUAAUAACUCCCAUAAAACUUGAAAUGAGAGCAUUUUUGAUGAAUUGGGCAGUACAGGAAUCUUGUCAUUGGUCCAUUUUCACUUUGGUUUGUGCAUAAAUGUCAGACAAUAUUUUUUAUAAAAAUUCAUACUGCUACUUAGUGUAUGCACCAUUGGCAGUCCUGAGAAUUCAAUGCCCAACUGUGAUGUGAUGUUGUGGUCAAUGGCUUUAGGACCUUAAGAAAAAAAGGCAUCCCUCUCCAAACUAUAGUCAGUUGCCUAAUAGUUUCAUACAUUUACCGUACCUACAGUAUAUUCCACCUUGUGUGAUGAGGGUGCAGAAGGCAGGGUGCAACCCAGGUUACUUAAGUCAGUAAAUUACUUCUUGGUAUAUGAUGACAGCGCUUAAUUGUUAUUACACAUCUUGCAAUAGGCAGAUGAAAAAAAAAAUAAUUGCAACAUAAAAUGAAACCUAGAAGUUAUGGACACAGGUUAGGCCACCUGAAUCGUUUAACAGAAAAUAAAAUCAUUGAAAUUAGAUAUAUUUUGGUCUAAUUGUUAAACACCCCACUACCAAAAGUGUCAAAAGUUCCUGGCUUCAAACAAAAGGUGCUCUGUCCUGAGUUUUUUAACACAUCCAGAUGUAAAUACCAUGAAAUAAAAGCUUGAAUUCAGAA